AUUUAUUCUCCUUGGUUAUUCAUCUUACAUUGGGUUAAGUCAAACAUCGAUUGCAACUGGAGGAGAAUCUAAUAAUCCAUUUUCAAGCAUUAUUGGCGCUAUGCUUGCAGUAUAUAACUGGUCUUCAAUUUCAUUAGAUACAUGGAAUUUUUGGCCACUCACUGUAAUUAGUGUGAUUGGUAGUUUUAUUUUUGUGAUUAUAUUACAAAAUGUUAUCAUUUCAUUUAUGAGUGAUGCUAUUACAGGUGCAGUCAAAAAUAGAACAGGUAUAUAUAGUUAUCAAGUUGAUUUUAUUUAUGAUUUUGCUCUUCUUGAAAGAUCAUUAGAACUUAAUGAGUUAGAUUCUAAGUUUAAGGACAAAUUAAGUGUAAAAUACAUUUGUUUUUAUGAUGACCCGACUAUCACGGGUUCAUGGAAAGAGAAAUCUGAACAAAUGAAAUCAAAACUGAAUCCUAAGCUUUCAAAAUUACGUAAAAGUGAAUUUAAAACUUGGACAAUUGAAAAUUGUGAAUUUAUUUGGAGAAAAGAGAAAGAAACCGAAGAUUUGUCUCCAGAGGAUGAAUAG